UAUUUUUCAUUAAUUUUUUGUUUCUACAAUGCGACAAAACAGUAAAGAGGUUUAUACAGUGCAAACAUAUCAAAAGUACAGUCCAUAAUAAUUAAAAGCACCCACAGUAGAAUCGCAUAAAUUACCACCCCACCCAACUCCAAGCCAACGUUACAAUAGAUGAAAAGUUAAUCAGAACUUUAUCACCACAGAGCUGUAUUUAUAAAAAUAAGGUAUAUGACCUACUAACUAAUCUAUAAGUAUAAAUUCUCGGAACAUUCGUUCCGCCUGUUGUCGCUGAAUGAAAUUUCAUUCCUCCUCAGCGCCGAGGACGUGCCGUGCGGGGAUUGAUGGGAUAUUGGAGGACCAUCAGCUGUUCGGGAAAAUGGUGUUGAUGAAAGGUGAGGCGAUUGGAGUCCUGUUGCUGUGGCAACCAACGUGAUUUUCCUCUCCCUAAAUUAAUUUGCAAUGCGAUUGAAUUUAAAUUAAGGUUUUUGUAGACGAUCUUCACGUGAUUCGCAGCUGUCGCUGUUUGCGAGUAUAGAACCGUGUGUAUAGCUAUCGCUGAAAUUCCGUCUGUGAAAAACAUGGGUGAAUUAUGCUUCUGUUGUAUCCUUUGGAAUAAAAGUUGCCAGCUUUCCUCUAUCCCUCUACAGAUGAUUUACUACUUAAAUAUAUGUUAUUAUAUAUUUUAUUUUCUUACCACUUUGCUCAUGGUUAUCUACAAAAGUCAGGUUUUUAGUUUCCCAGAUGGAAAUCUGGCUCUUGAUUUGAUUCUUCUGAUUCUUAUGGUAAUUCUGGAAGUGAUAAGGCUAUACCAUGGUUUCAAAGGGAACCUGACUGAAGAAGCAAUUCCAAUAGUUAUUAACAUGGUUCUGACAAUUGGAAGUAUGUUGUUUUCCUUGUACUACUUGUUGUGGCAGACCUAUGUGCUGAGAGCGGAUGUUAUAAUCAAUGCAAUCCUGCUGGUAAUUUAUGGAUUGGAGGAAGUACUGGACAUAAUUGCUAUUUCAGCUUUUGUGAGGAUCUACGCAUGAUGUGAUUGGAAUGAUGCAGCAUUCGUUUCAUUUAUCCACCAUUCCUAUCUCCUGGAUGACUUUGGAGUUUGUAUCAUAGGAUCAACAGUUUUUUAUUAAAUUUUUGUGGGAUAUUAUGUAAAUAUUGGUUAAUAUUCCUAUUAUGUAUUUUUGUAUUUUCUAAUUAAUCUAAUAGCUGCCUCCAAGAGGAUCCACAAACUUCUGAGGCUGCUGCUUUCCUCUUUUCAUUCAAUGUCACAAAGUGCCGCUGUUUAUCCUGUAUUAUCUCACAAUACACCACUCUGCUCAGAGACAAUGUCAUUUAUUCAGUGUUCUAAUAGGAUGCCAAGUGAAAAGGAAGAUGGAUAUACAUCUUAAAGCGUUGUCCUCUGCACUGAAUGACAAAUUCUUUUGUCAAUUGAUUGUGAACAAAAUUUUCAAUUUUAUUCUUUUGAGGGAAAGUAUCUAAUUUGUCAUAAUAAAACUAAUUAUAAAGUUCGAUGUUUCAAAGUACACUUAUUAUCUAAGUAUGUAUGUAGUAUACAAGCCUGAAAUUCAUUUUCCCACAGGCAGCCACUAAACAGAAAUGGAACCUGUUCAAAGAAAAU